GUCAAACUCGAUUCAGUUAAUGUGAUGUAAAGAAUUACAAUAACACGGGCUGUCAUCGCAACACAAACACUUUGCUCAUAAAAGCAACAAAUAAGCGUUCCAGUUUAGAACUAUUUCGACAAAGGCUGCUCAGAUCAAAAAACCCAUCGAUAUCAAUGAUGAUGGACCAAACAUCGGAUUUCAUUGAAGGUCCUCAACACGAUGGAUCUGAACAUGGUGCGCCAAACCAACCGGAUGCUGAGAUGGUGACUAAAACGAAACUCAGCGACAUCAAUAUCGACUGUCAGGAGCGCGUCUUCAAACAUUUGGACCUGCUCGAUUUGCUGAACAUAGCUGAUUCCAGCAAACAAUUCAAGACGGCCGCCGAUUUGGUAUUCGCGAAGAAAUUCGGAAAUGAACGAGUGAACGUAGUAUACAUACAACCUUACCGCAAACAAUGCGGAAAAGUAGACGAAACUGUUGAAUGGAUUCAUUCGGCGAAAACUUGCCUUCAAGUAUUCCGUAAUUUUGGCCAUUUGAUUACUGUUCUGGAAUUUGGACCGGCCAAUGUGCUUGAGAAAACUCAUCUAAAGGAAUCGUUUUCGUUAUUGUACAAAUUUGCAAUCGAGUACAUUAAUGAAUAUUGUGCUGAGUCGUUGACUGAAUUUCUAAUUCAUCAAUGUCCCAAAGGUUUCCUGAAAUAUUUGAAGCCACUACCAAACGUUUCGACUGUCGAAAUUGAAAGUUUUGGUUUUGAAGGCCAAAGUAAAGACUCGUUGAAAACGUUAUUUCCAAAAUUGAACCGUUUGAUAUACAUUGACUUUAAUCAAUCACUUGGCAUUAUCGAGAACCACUUUCCGCAUUUGGAGCAUUUUUGUGUACGUCGAGGCAGUGGCCAUGGUAUAGUCCCAUGGGAUAAUAUCUCGCCAGCAGUAUUAGAUUCAAAUCCUCAAUUACGCACCUUAUUCUGCUUCGACAUUGGGCCCGGUGUGAAUGUACUGCGAAGCAUGGAACGCCUGCAACACCUUGAAGAACUCCAGUUAAUUUGGGAUAUGAAAUUUGUCACACCACGUAAUGAAUUCAAUGGUGAAAUAUUUCGCUUUCGAACUGUAAAAAUACUUGGAAUUCUAUUUAUGAAUCCUGAGCGUACACCUAGCUGCAAAUUGCCAAAAAUCCCAUUUUCAUUCGACCAACUUAAAAAAUGCACCAUAGAUGUGAAGAAAUGCUGCCCAGCAGAACUGUACAAUUUUUUUGAUCACAACCCAACCAUCGUUGAAUUAUAUCUAUGUAUAGUUUGGAAUACGCUUAAUCUAUCCGCAAUAGCCAAGGCAUUGCCAUCGCUUCGUAUUUUUAAGCUUACUUCACAUGCUAAGCUUACAAAAAAAGAUAUUAUUGACUUUGUCAAUUCGUUGAAAUUCUUGAAAAAUGCAAAUUUCGUUAUACGUGAUCAUGAUAGUUCUAAGGAAUUAAUGGAAUCAUUUGAUAAUGGAUGGCAAGCAUCAAUUGAAAUGGUUGGCAAAUGGACAAUUCUCACAUUAGAACGAUCGGAUUAAAAACGAAGUUUUUUAUCAUCAUGAAAUUCAUGACAUGAUUCAACUCAAAACCUAAGGUACAAAAUGUCAUAUUCAAACUAAAUAGUUGUAAACAAGAAAAAAAAACAUUGAAAGCAACAAAAACUCUGUGUACGUAUUUAAAUAGACAGAAAUGUUUUCAAAAAUAUUUGCUAACCAAGGAAAAUGAUAUAAAAUUUAAUAUGAACAAUCUGAUUACUCUUUUCUACAUCAAUUACUCGUAAUAAAAAAUAAAAAUGAUUCAACAAAA